CUCUCUCACUCAAGUCUGCCCUCCUCACAAGUCACAAGUUGAGCUGCUAAAAAAAACUUGAAGACCACCACAAUUUGGGGCUUGUCUUCUCUUCUUCUCGUCGCCCGGUGCCUGGUCUGGUUCCUACAAUUUGGGGCUGCUCUGCUCUGACAAUUAAAGAGCCCCUCUCCUCCUUCUCAGGCACAACGGCACAGCCAAGAUCUUCCGACUCCCUCCGCAAUAGGCAUCCAUAAGAUUGUACCGAUGUACAGUAACUGUAUGCAGUCCUAUUUGUAGAAAGUUGAAGGCACGAUCUUGCUUGCGAUGAUGAAUGUUCUCUCCAGCCACCCCCAAAAUGUGCAGCUGCGCAGUAUUCAGGAGAUGUCUAUCAGAGGAAGAUCAUUCAAGUUGCCAUGCCCAGCUUCAGCUUGGAAUAAUAAUAACUCAUCGACAGCAGACCUCCCUUGUGGAACAGGAGCAGGAGGCAAUAGGAGGCAUCGUCCAUUAUUUGUCGCAGUCAGAGCAGUCAGUGGCAGAGGUGAAUCGAGCAGCGGCGAAGACGAUGACCAAGAGAAGCAAAACAAGAAAGACGAGGGUAGCUCUGGGUCUGGGUUGUCCAGAGAGGAUUUGGAACGGCUGGUUGGGCCCGACGAUGCCAAGUUCAACGGGUUGGAUCUUGCAAAUCUCAUCAGGAAGAAGUACGGUAGAUCGUACGAUGUGACGCUCAUAAAGAAGGAGUUCAUGGGAAGGAACCUGUUGGCUAUGAAUGUGAUGUGGAAGUACAGGGAGCAGAGAUCGUUCCCGUUGAGCGAGGAGGAGUACCUGCUGCGGCUGGAUGAUGUGGCCAACACGCUCAAGUGCUGGGGAGCCGUGGCGCAUGUCCGGAACACGUUGGAGAAGCUCAAGGAGAGGCCAAGGAUUGGCAAAGUGCGCGGUGAGCAUCUUCAUCGACAUGGACGAGACGGGAGGGCGCUCAAACGAGUGGAUAUACAAGUGAAGUGAUGAAUAGACUGAACCUGAACCUGCCUGCAUGUGGUUGUUUUCAUUACUAUCAGCAACGUGAUUGGACUACUCUUCUCUGAAUGAAUGAUCAGAAAGUUAGCUUCA